UUAAUUAUCGGGAAUUUCUAAGCUAAUCGCCCAUUAAAAAAGCAAAAAAAAUUACGUACUACGUAAGGGUUUUUUAAAGUACGUACUACGCAGGGGUUUUCUUUCAGGCACAUCCCGUCCUUUUAUUGUGGGAGCUAAUUGAUUUGAUGAUAUUUUUCAUCGGGAUAUUUGGGUGCCCGCUUAUGAAGGAAUUAUGAAUAAAUCCAUGGUAGUGGGUUUCACGUUGUUUUUCCUGGUUUCUAGCAGCAUUCUGCAAUUUUCUGACGCAUGUGCAGCCAACUCUGCGAGCAGACUUACCAGAACGGAAGCAGCAAUAAACAGCGUGAAGUCCGACCUGAGGGCCGUGAUCGAAGAAUGCUGGAACUAUACCGCUUGGCGCCUGAUUGUGAAUGCGGUACUGAUGCAUGCUUCAGCGAAGAAAAAUCCAGUUAGGCUGCCGGAGCUCUCUCGGCCCCUUCCCGACCCUAAAGUUCAUGUGCGACGGCCUAGCCUGGACGAGUCGAUCAGUCUGGCUUGUGCGGCCCGCAUGACGCAGCCAAAUAAUGUCGUGUGGAAACACAACGGUCACCUGUUAACCGCCCAACAAACCGGAGGUGACCUUCAGUACAGCCGCACCGGCGGCAACACCCUUAUCCUGCACAAUGUCACCUAUGCGGCGUGGGGCAAAUUCGAAUGCCUGCAACGCUGUCAGUCAGACGGGAUGGAAUCGUGGUGCCCGAUGGGAGAACACUGGGUGUUUCCAAAGCCAACAACCAGAUACCACGAGGUGUUCGCGCAGCGCAUGCCGCGUAUCAUUGUGCCGCGGUACAUGCCAUUUUCGGUAACUUGCCAGCUGGAUUUCCCUUGUGGUCCUGAUCCGCUGCAGCACUUUAUCUGGCGCUAUGACGGCGUUUUUUUGGCCUGGCCAGCCGGUCACUACCUGCAGCAGACGUCCUGCAUCGACACUCACCGGCAUACGCUGAUGAUCCACACUAACACCUCCGAAAUAACCGGGACUGACGGCCGCCCGCACUGCGCCUCGACGCUGACGCUGCACGUGCCCUGGCCAGAGCACACCGGCAGCCAGUUGGAAUGCUGGGCGCGCUCCGACACUACCCAGCAAUUGUGGUAUGUCCACCCCACUUCCGUCCAGUUCAACGGAAGCCUCCCAUUUCCCGGAUAACCGCUGGCAGCACUAGUAAAUUAUCCUAACAUUUUUUUGACUUCAAAAUAAUUCAAUGGUGAAAUUAGGAAUUAGUCCUGUUCUUGUUUUUGCAAACAAUUCCUAUAAGUGGAUAUGGUUUUUAAUUGGUAACUGUCGAUUGCGUAGAUAUCUAUGUAACAACCUGUAUAACAACGACUGUUACUGGCUUCCCAUUGUACAAUACGAUUACAGAUGAAGUAUCGCUAAUUACUUACUACUUACUAACACUACCACGCUACUUUUGU